GCCACUGAGCUUCGAGCCGUCUAGUGAACCGUCUGUUUUCUUUUACGUCCGCCGAGCACACAUAAUAACACGGCUCCGUGGGGUUGGGGUUCAUUCGACUUUGUUCGUUCAAGGAAGAAACUAUAACCAUGAGUGGAAGGGGCAAAGGUGGCAAGGGACUCGGCAAAGGAGGUGCUAAGCGUCACCGUAAAGUUCUCCGUGAUAACAUCCAGGGCAUCACCAAACCCGCCAUCCGCCGUCUGGCUCGCCGUGGCGGAGUGAAGCGUAUCUCCGGUCUGAUCUACGAGGAGACCCGCGGAGUGCUCAAGGUGUUCUUGGAGAACGUCAUCCGUGACGCCGUCACCUACACUGAGCACGCCAAGAGGAAGACUGUGACCGCCAUGGAUGUGGUGUACGCUCUGAAGAGGCAGGGCCGCACUCUGUACGGCUUCGGCGGUUAAACUUAUUCACUCUAAUCCAUCAAACGGCUCUUUUAAGAGCCACACACUUCACUUUAAGAGCUUUGUUCUGCGGUCUUGUUGAUUUGGUCAUGUUUUGGAGGAAAGUCUUGGAAAUGUAAGUAAAAUACCUGCCCGUGUAUCCCCACCGACUUUGGAAGUACUAGUGCGUUAUAACUUCACAAACAAUUACAGACUGAGAUUCCCAACAUAUGACUCUUCGUUUCGCUAUAAAAUUAAGGUGUUUGUAACGUGUGCUUUUCUUAGCAAAAUUACAAUAACAAACUGAACUUCUGAGGUUACAGACCUAUUCAAUACCACUGUUUAUUAAAACUCACCUAUAGCAGGAGUGUGAACAGUCAUACACUGAAAGACAGAUUUCACUGAUCUAUCAGUUUAUUUGUAAAUGCCUUCUUGAGAAAUCCGCUUGAAGCAGCAGUGCUUAUUUUUUUUAAGAUAACCAACCCACCUUUGAUCUAGUAGAGGGUGGACAUGAGUGGAUGAAGCCCUGUGAAGCUUUUGAAACCUCUUCCUGAUGUGCCUGAAAUAUCAUUUUCACCAAUCAUAUCAAUGUAACAGUUUUGAUGUGUGAUCUUCCUUCUGACAGGCUUACUCAGUCUUACAAUCCCGACAUACCUUCAUACAAGGAACAUUAUUAAAGAUGUUUUUAGUACCCAGAUUUUAUGCACUUGAAAUGCAACAUGUCUGUUUAAACUGCAAACAAAGUAUCAACGGCAACUGUAAAUGCUCUGUGAUGAAACGACGCACAUCGCAAACAAGAAGUUUCGUCAGGUUGUCUACGUUUAAUUGACAUGCUUCCAGAUAAAAAAAAAAAAUAAAAAUAAAAAAGCUCCUUUGAGGGAGCAGAUUAGAAUGACAGAAUACACCAUACACAAAGCGUGUUUGCAUGUAGCACACAGCUGUGGCUCGCUGUCGGUCUAAAUGAAUCUCAGACCUAAACAAGUGUUUGUAGUGAUUUAUAAUUAUUAGUCUGAACCUCUUUAAUCUAC